AUGGCUACAAUUAGACCUUUUUAGUUAUUUGAUUUAUUAGAAUACAAUAAUAUUAAUUUAGAUAUUUUGACAGAAACACAAAAUGGCACGAAUAUUGUAUAACUAUUAGGAAAAAUAGAAGGUGAUAAAGAUGAUUGUUAGAAAAAAACUUGGCAUGGACAUGUUACUGCUAUUACAGUAGCACCUGAUUCCAGAAGAUAGGGAAUUGCAAGAUUCUUAAUGGAUUAUUUAGAAUAAGUAACUGAAAAAUACAAUGGAUGGUUUGUAGAUUUGUUUGUUAGACCUUCUAAUAAUAUAGCAGUUGGAAUGUAUAAAGCUUUAGGUUACGAUAUUUAUUAAACAGUGAAUAAAUAUUAUAGUUCUUAAAAUGGUAAAUCAGAAGAUGGAUAUGAUAUGCGUAAAAGUAUGAAAAGAGAUAUUUAAAAAAUAACGAUGAAGCCUACAGGAAAGACUAUAUAACCAGAUUAACUUGAAUUUAAUUGA